AUGGCUGCCGAUUCCGGACACAGCGGUUACAGAAUCUCAUUAAUCCUGAUUUCUGUCCUCGUGUUCGGUGUGACGCUUUUCUUCAAUUACCUAGGAUCAGGUGAAGGUAAAGCUCUUGGUAUCUACGAGAGUAGUACUGGUGACGUGUCUGAUUACUUCUACCUGGAGAUAACCCCCGCCAGCUGGACAUUCAGCAUAUGGUUUUUCAUCUAUAUAUGGCAAAUCAUUUGGCUUAUAUAUGGACUUUCUACUAUAUGCCGGAAGUCUGACAGCGGUAUUUACAUCUAUCAACUUCCGGUCAUGCCUCCUGCAAUCUAUAUCAUUUACAUUCUGAAUCUUGGACUUAACGUUGCCUGGAUGAUAUUGUUUGACCGGAAAUAUAUAGAAAUUGCCCUGGCGGACAUUAUUUUAGUGACAUUGACCUUAUACGUAAUAUUGGGUAUCUCCUGUCGGGCAGUACACAAUAACCUCAGUGUCUUGAUUAAAGAUGGCGCGGGUAAGGAAGCAUGGUUCAUACGUUUUUUCCUUCAGAACGGAGUAGCAUUUUAUGCCACUUGGGUCACUGUUGCGACCCACCUUAAUGUUGCCAUGGUGAUGCACUACAGUGGAGGAGUAGCCAAUGACAUCGCUUGUACCACAGUUCUCGGCAUGCUGUUAUUUUUCGUGAUUUCGUGGUUCCUGUCGGAGAACAUUCUACUUGACAACUACACCAGAUACAUGUUCAGCCCUUACAUCGUCCUCGUAAUAGCCCUUACAGGGUCGAUUGCAGAAAACUUUGACCUUGAACUUCGGUACCGCAACUCCAUUCUCUCAGUAACGAUUUUAUGUGUUUCUAGUAUUUUCUUAUUCUUGAAAUUUAUCAUCAUUCUUCUCCGUCACAACCGCGUGCCUUUGUCCCCAAUGGUGUACACGCCAACAACGUCGGACAAAUCAACAAACUCGAUAGUCUGA